AUGAUGUACCAUGCGAAUCCUUUCAUGCUGGCCCUUGUGGUGUCCACGCAGAAAGCGCCCUUCGCGGUUCGUGAGCUGUACACGUCCGAUAAGUGCGCUAACGGCAGCGGCGUUGCUGCCUCGAAAGACAUUGCGAGGGUCUGUAUGGUGCCACAGAACUACAAAGUGCUUCUGUAUUCCCGACGGAUUGUUUACCGAUAUUACGAUUCCUCGGACGUGUCCUGCAGCGGGCCUCUAAACCGCAGUGAGGUGAUCUCAACCGACGAUUGUGUUCUUGAUGCUGAAGCGUCGGAGAUUCAGAACGAGUCCCGCUACGCGAAAUGGACGAUGAGUUUUUAUGAUGCUGUCGUUGAGCAAGUGUAUGAUUCCGAAGACUGUUCCGGCACCAUUUUGGAAACCAAUGUGCUGGAGCUGGGAGUGUGCGAUCAUCAGCACCGACGUACGUUCGCAUGCCAUGAGGGUGUCGUCGAGGAGCUGCAUUACGAUGUCGGCUGCGUGGGCGACAAUCAGUCGUGGCUGUCUUUCCCUUUGCAAGAUUGCAUUUCGCAUGAGUCUGCGAACAGAAGUCGAAGAUUUGCGUCAAGUUCCUGCAGAAUGAGUGAUUCGAGCCAAAGGCUCGGCUUAGGCUUCUGGGCCAUAGGUCUCACCCUUCUUGCAUACCACUUCAGAGGUGCCACUUGCCAAGCUUGA